AUGUCUUUCUGGAAAGAAAAUAAUAAAAAGAGUGGCCGUGAGGAUACUAUGGAAGCUUUAUGUGCUAAAUCUGAUAAAUGCACACCUGUUGAUGUUGAAGUACCAACUCAAAGAGGUAUUUCCAUCACAAUUCUUGGAGCCGUUACCACUAAAGGGGUUAUAUCUAUAUCUAUGCGUGAGUUUAAGGGUUCAAAGAAACGAAAAACAGCUAGCUUAUCUAAUGAUGCAUCGAUUCACAAAGAUGAUUUAUUGAAAGAAUAA